GAAUCUUGGUGGCCUUACUUAUUUGGAGCAAUAAUUGUUCCUUCAUUGAUACAAGUCGUGAUUCUGCCUUUUCUUCCCGAAAGUCCUCGUUACCUCCUACUUGAAAAACAUAACACAAGCAAAGCAGAAAAAGCAUUUCAGACCUUCCUUGGGAAAGACGAUGUGUCUCAUGAAGUAGAAGAAGUUUUGGCAGAGUCUCGAGUCCAAAGAAACACCAAGUUAGUGUCAGUACUUCAGCUCCUGAGAACCAGCGCUGUGCGAUGGCAGGUCAUUACUGUGGUUGUCACCAUGGGCUGCUACCAGCUUUGUGGCCUAAAUGCUAUCUGGUACUAUACAAACAGCAUCUUUAGUGAAGCUGGGAUCAAUCAUGAAACAAUCCCCUACGUUACUCUAAGUACUGGUGCUGUUGAGACUUUGGCUGCUGUUUUUUCUGGCUUGGUUAUUGAACGGCUCGGACGCAGACCUCUUCUCAUUGGAGGUUUUGGGUUGAUGGUUGUCUUCUUCACAGUACUUACCGUCUCUCUGACUUUACAGAAAACCGUGCAUUGGCUUCCUUACCUCAGUAUAUUUUGCAUCCUUGCAAUCAUUGCAUCGUUCUGCAUUGGACCAGGUGGGAUUCCGUUUGUCCUCACCGGAGAGUUUUUCCAGCAGUCGCAGAGGCCGGCCGCAUUCAUGAUAGCUGGGACAGUCAACUGGCUCUCCAACUUUGCAGUCGGACUGCUCUUCCCUUUCAUUCAGGGUGGUUUACAGACCUACUGCUUCCUAGUGUUUGCUGCCAUCUGCUUUACGGGAGCUACCUACCUGUUUUUUGUCCUGCCUGAAACAAAAAAUAAGACAUUUCAUGAGAUCAGCCAGGCAUUUGCAAAAAGGAAUAAAGUAUCUUUAGAAAUGCAAGAAAUGAACCACUACCCAGAGGAGAGGAAAUCAAGUGCAGAACAAGAAUCAAACUUCACAUCUUCGGUGAACAAUGGGGAAAGCAAAAAAGGGAUUGUGUAA